CAACUAAAUAAAUCAAAGGACAAAACUGUAAACCAAAGUGAUUGAACCCAGGGUGUACAUACUUUAACUGUAGUUUUACUUUUUAACAUAAGGUUUUUACAUUUUGACUAAAAAUGUUUUGUUUCUGUUACAGAUCAAAACAAGAAAAACUACAUUUUCAUCAAUCAGACGAUGUCGUGGAGUUCUGCUCAGCAGUACUGCAGAAAAAACUACAAGGACUUGGCGAUGAUCGAGAACCAGGAAGAAAACACGGAGGCUCAGAACACUAAACCAUCCAAUUAUAAGGUCUGGAUUGGUCUGUAUCAAGAGCCCUGGACCUGGUCUGAUGGAAGCAAGAGCUCCUUCAGAAACUGGGACCCCUCAAGUUUAAACAACUAUGGAGGAAACCAACACUGUGGGACAGAGAAUUCUGAGAACGUUUGGGGCGAUGAGGACUGUAGCGUGAAAAGAGCUUUCAUCUGCCAUCAAGUUUCAAAGAGGAAGACCACUUUGAGGAUGAAAUUCAGCUCUGAUGCUGACCUGACCGACCCAAAAGUCAACGCCCAGAUCCUGCAGCAGCUUCAAAUGAUGCUGAGCAGUGGUGGAAUGACAGACGUCAAACUGAAGUGGACAAUUCAACCCAGUAAUAAAACGUCGGUCUGAUUCACGCA